AUGGACAGAGAUGACGAUCCGUGUAAAUUAUUCGUUGGAGGGCUGACCCGAUCGACAACGACCGAACACCUCCGACAUUACUUCGAAACAUUUGGAGAAUUAACUGAUUGCAUUGUGAUUAAAAAUUUUGCGACGAAACUUUCGCGCUGUUUCGGUUUUGUUCAAUUUACAAUUCCACAAAUCGCAGAUCGCGUUGUUGAGGCACGUCCGCAUAUUAUCGAUGGCAAAGAAAUCGAUGUGAAACACGCGUCAAUCGAAAGUCAUGAACGGCAUCAACAACAACUUGCUGCAGCCGCUGCAACGUCAUCCUCCUUUCACGAGCCGAAUCGUGAUAUGUCACCCGAUCGACACAAGAAACGUUCUCGAUGGGAAAUGCAACAAUCCAAUGAAUCCCAUCGAAAUUUCGCAUUGCCACCUGACAUGAUCACAGUGAAAUCCAAUACUCACAUCGCUUUUAUUCAACGUGAUAUGAUCACUUAUCCUGUACCUUUGAAAUAUGUGCGCGAAGAGAAUUAUUCAACACCGUCGAGUGAUAAUUCGUACUAUCCUCAACAAUCUCGUCAUCAACAUAAUAAUAAUUUUAACAAUCGAAUGUAUCAAACUUCAAACUAG